GCUGGGGCGGCCCGGUUCGGGGUUUGGGCUUCGGCGGUGAGUCCGGCGCGGCGCUGCUCCGAGCCCGCUGAACCGCGGAGCCCGGGAGCUGUAGCCUCGCCCCAGGCAGGCCGGGCGGAGUGGUGGGUGGGCUUUUUCCGCUUGCCCGCGCGGCGCCCACCCAGCUCCCCUGCUUUAUUAUGGAUUGACCCGCGCGCCCGGGUCCUCAAGUCAAAGCAGGGGCGUCCUCGGGAGGCCCCUGUCCCGGCCAGCCUUGUAGCUGACGCCGCUGAAGGGCCGGGGCUGGGUCCGGACCCCCCGGGCCCGCCGCCCUCCCCUGCCGGCUCUCCUCUCCGCAGCCCUCUGCCCUCGCCUCGGAGGGACCGGGAGCCGGCAUGGCGGGCAGCUCCCCGGCCGCCGGGCCCCAGGUGGUGACCCCACGGGCAGCACCAGUGUUGUUUCAGGGCCUGCUGACCUUUGGGGACGUGGCUGUGCACUUCACCCAGGAAGAAGGGGCACGUCUGGACCCGGGGCAGAGGGCCCUGUAUAGAGACGUGAUGCUGGAGACAUACAGGAACCUGGCCUCCCUGGGAGUUCCAGGAUCCAAACCAGAUCUGAUCUCCCAGCUGGAGCAAGGAAAGGAGCCCUGGGGCUCGGACCUGCUGGGGGCCCAGGAAGGAGAGACCGCGGGAGACCCCAGCACAGAUUCCAGCUGGGGCUCUUUGCGUAAGCAGGUGACUGCGAGGGCGAAAAUGACUCAAGCCUCAGAGCCUCCAGAAGCAUCUGGAAGCUUCUCAGGGGUUGGGCCUCCAACACUGGUCUGCAGAGAAGCCGCCGGGCACGAGGGCAGGCUAGGGAGCCUUGAGAAUUUCCUUUUCCAGGAGAGACAACCACACAGAACCUACUGGACCAUCUCCAAAGCAGAAGGUGCCCAGAAAGGAGGUAAGUGGGGACCCGAACUUUUCCACAGCCCGCGCCCCAGGACCCGUGAGAGAAACACGAAACGGCAGCGAGCCCACACGUGCGAAACAUGCGCCAAGAGCUUCCGGUACCUCUCGCGCCUGGUGAGACACCGGGCCACGCACAGCGGCGAGAAGCCGCACGCGUGCGGGGAGUGCGGCCGCGCGUUCAGCCAGCGCUCGCACCUGGCGCAGCACCGCAGCGCGCACGCGGGCCAGAAGCCACACACCUGCGGACAGUGCGGCCGCGCGUUCACGCGGCUCUCCACGCUGCACCGCCACCAGCGCGUCCACAGCGGCGAGAAGCCCUUCGGGUGCCAGUGGUGCGGGAAGCCCUUCAGUUACAGCACCCUCCUCGCCCAGCACCAGCGGAUCCACACCCGAGAGAGGCCGUUCCGGUGCGCGAGGUGCGGGAAGAGCUUCAUCUGGAAGUCCAGCUUUCGGAACCACCAGAAAUCACACCUGUGCAGCGAGGCAGCGUGGACCUCUGUAAGCUAAGCUCUGGAAGCAGCCGCUGGAGGGGAGAGCUUGGGACUCGCUGCUACUCCAAGGAGCGCCUCGGAAGGAUGUCCCCGGGCACAUGGAGCAAGCAGUGCCAGAGCGAGACCAGCACGAGGGACCGGAUUGUUUCUCCACCCGCGGUCAACUUGUGCAUUUCGGGUCCUUCCCACGACCGGGGGCUGGCCCAGGCCUGCCUGCACUGGCGGGCACCACCCGGUAGCCUGCUGGAUUCCGCGUGGCUGUGGUACUUCUUGAACAAACUGAUGGUUUGAAAGUCACUAUUUUCAAGUGCAUCCAGAUUUUAUUUUUAAAACUUAAAACGUAGGUCUUUGUCUCUAUUUGCAUCAUAGGUGGGUUCUAAACGCCUUUGAAAUCCAGAUGGGCUACAGAGCUUUUGGAUAAUCUUUCAUCACACAGCAGCCCUGAGCACCUGGCGAAGGGCAUGGGUAGGUCACAUAACUCUAGUCAUCAUUUGGUUCUGGCUUGUUGUUUUCGGAUGCUGAUUUGUUGCAGGAGGAUGUGAUCCACCUAGGGCAGCUCAGCCCUUGCGCUGUUGGCACUGUAGCUUUCCUCACUCAGCUUCACUUUCCUGUAUGCUCACUCUUGGCUUGUGUCAGGCCAUAUGAAACACUGAGUGUGCAUGUCAUUUGAA